GAGAGAGAGAGAGAGAGAGAGAGAGAGAGAGAGAGAGAGAGAGAGAGAGAGAGAGAGAGAGAGAGAGAGGGAGAGAGAGAGAGAGAGAGAGAGAGAGAAAGAGGUUAAAAAUGAUUUGGUACACUCCGGCAGUGUUGCACAGCAGAGAUCCAAUGGUCAACACAAGGAAAUGGAUAAUGGCACAGAAGAGGUGGAAGACAGAGGAAACAAAGAGGGGUGUUCUGCACAACAGAGAUGCAAACAGAUGCAAAAUCAUAAAAUCCUUCUAAAGGAAACAUUUCAGUUUUUCACUGAGGGAAUCACAAAGCAGAAAAAACGCACUCUCCUCAAUGAGAUCUACACAGAGGUCUACAUCACAGAGGGGGGCAGUGGAGAGGUCAAUAGUGAACAUGAGGUCAGACAUAUUGAGGCAGCAUCCAAGAGAUCAGCUACGUUUGAAAAACCAAUCAAAUGCAAUGACAUCUUUAAACCUCUACCUGGACAAGAAAGGGACAUUAGAACCGUGCUCACAAAUGGAGUGGCUGGCAUUGGGAAAACAGUAUCUGUGCAGAAAUUAAUUCUGGACUGGGCUGAAGAAAAAGCGAAUCAGGAUGUUCACUUCAUAUUUCCUCUUCCUUUCCGUGAGCUUAAUCUAAUUCAGGAGGAAAAGGUCAGUGUAGUGGAUCUGAUUACCAAGUUCUUUUGUGACCUCAAAGAUUUCAGUUUUUUCACUGAUGGCAACUGCAAAGUGCUGUUCAUCUUAGAUGGUCUGGAUGAGUGUCGUAUUCCUCUCCAUUUCUGUUCCAACCCAAAGUGUUAUGAUAUAACAGAGGCAGCCACAAUGUCCACUUUGCUGACAAACCUUAUUGAGGGGAAUCUCCUGCCCUCUGCUCUCCUCUGGAUCACCUCCAGACCAGCUGCAGCCAGUCAGAUCCCUUCCCAGUGGUUGGACCAGGUGACAGAGGUAAGAGGCUUCAAUGACCCCGGGAAGGAGGAGUACUUCAGGAAGAGAGUCAGUGAUGAGAACCUGGCUAAAAGAAUCAUCACACACCUAAAGUCAUCCAGGAGCCUAUACAUCAUGUGCCACAUUCCUAUCUUCUGCUGGAUUGCAGCCACUGUACUACAGAGAAUAUUGGCAGAAAUAGAAAAAGGAGAGAUCCCGAAGACUCUGACUCAAAUGUACACACACUUCCUGCUCAUUCAGACACACGAAAAAAGGAAGUACACACACAGAAAUGAAACAGACAAAGGGAUGAUUUUCAAACUGGGGAGACUUGCAUUUCAGCAGCUGCAGAAUGGCAAUCUCAUCUUCUAUGAGAAGGACCUGAAAGAGUGUGGCAUUGACGUCACAGAGGCAUCGGUGUACUCAGGAGUGUGUACCCUGAUCUUCAGAGAGGAGGCUGGAUUGUACCAGAGUAAAGUGUUCUGCUUUGUGCAUCUCAGCAUUCAGGAGCACCUUGCUGCAUUAUAUGUCCACUUCCAGCUCAUCAUCCAGAUGAAAAAUGUCAUGAAACCAGCCAACCCAUCCUUGUAUGAGCUGCACAAGACUGCAGUUGAUCUGGCCUUGCAGAGCAAAAAUGGACAUCUGGAUCUUUUCCUCCGCUUUCUUCUGGGCCUCUCACUUGAGAGCAAUCAGAAUCUAUUGAGAGCCCUGCUGCCACAGACAAAUAUCCAAUCACAAUGGAGCACAGAUGAAACUAUCCAGUACAUCAAGAGGAAGAUCGGGAAGAAUCCCUCCUCAGAGAAAUGCAUGACUCUGUUUCACUGUCUCCAGGAGCUGAAUGACCAGUCCUUGGUAGGGGAAAUCCAACGCUACCUGGGUUCAGGGGGUCUAGAGGGAGCCAAACUCUCCCCUGUACAGUGGUCAGCCGUGGUGUUUGUGCUGCUGACCUCGGAAGAGCAACUGGAUAUGUUUGAGCUGACUAAAUAUGGAAGAUCAGAGGAAUGUCUGCUGAGGUUGAUGCCUGUAGUCAAGGCCUCCAGAUCAGCUCAAUUGCGCAACUGUGGCCUGACAAGUAAAAGCUGUUCCUCUCUGGCUUCAGCCCUCAACUCAGGCUCAAGUCUCAGACAGCUUGACUUGAGUGGCAAUCAUCUGCUGGACACAGGAGUGGCACUUCUUCAUUGUGCAUUAACAAAUCCACUAUGUCAACUGGAGACACUACAAUUGCGCAACUGUGAGCUGACAGAGAAAAGCUGUUCUUCACUAGCUACAGCCCUCAACUCAGGUUCAAGUCUCAGACACCUGGACCUGAGUUUCAACAAUUUGCUGGACACAGGAGUGACACUUCUAAGUUCUGCGUUAAGAAAUUCACUCUGUCAACUAGAGACACUACGGCUGAGUUACUGUAAGCUGACAGAGAAAAGCUGUUCCUCUCUGGCUUUAUCCCUCAGAUCAGGAUCAAGACUGAUGCACUUGGAUCUAAAUGGCAAUAAUCUGUUGGACUCAGAUAUUGAGGUUCUCUCUCUGAUAUUCAGAGGUGCAAACUGCAAUCCUUAGAAUAUCAUGCUGAAGUGAUGGACUUGUUGCUGAUAGACAUUUUUGCUGAAGGUUGCGGAAAAC